AUGGCCCCUAAAAUUCCUUCAGUAAUUUCUUGCUCAUCCCGAGCUAUACUUGACUAUGAGCUUGGCGAAGUCCGGGCCGGUCUUGAACUCACCGAAACUGAGGAUAGCUGGAACAAGAUAUCCAAUGCCCUUCUCCGUCUUAACGCCUUGGCAGUUGGCUCUGCUGCAGAUUUUCCAUCACAGUUCAUAACAGCAUUCAAAUCCUUCGCACGGCCCAUAAUCAACUCUCUCAACUCGGAGCGUUCGAGGCUGUCGGGCUGUGCCACGGAUGUGCUCACUACGCUUGCGACUCACCUCCGACGGCCCUUUGAAACUCUCAUCCCUCUUUUCGUACCGACUCUCCUCUCGCUUGCAUCUCGAUCUAACAAGGUAUUCAUCGCAAGAGCCAAAGCAUGCUUAUUGGCAAUUGUCGAGAAUGUCCAGUCUCCUAUAAUUUUUCCUCUUCUCCGGCAUGCCGUUUCGGACAAGUCGGUUAAUCUUCGUCUAACAGCCACAGACCUCGUUGUGGCUUGCCUCAACUGCUACAACCCGCCGGACCUCGAGACACCGAACAGAGCGGAGGACAUUGAGGCAGUCAUACGGGCUACUGCAAGAGACGCCAGCGCCGACGUUCGCAAGAGUAGCCGGAAGGCCUUUGAAGCCUAUAAGAUCCUCUUUCCUUCCAGACUAGAUUCGUUUAUCGCUCCUCUGACACCAACGAUGAAAAAGUAUCUAAACAUUAAGGCUGCACCUGCGGGUCAGCGCAAGCCACUGCUCCUCUCGGCCUCAACCUCUGCACCUACCUUACCUCCGACAUCUAAAGCGGUGGACAUCAUGACACAUUCGCACCCUUCCACCCAGGGCCAUGCAAAGAGCUCUAGCACAAGUUCCAUCCCAACCGAACGAGCUGAGAAGGUUACCAAAAGCACGAACCCACCAGUCGCUGCACGUGCAACGGAGAGCAGCUCGAUGCCACCCCCACCCCAUCGCAUACCUUCUUCAGGUCCAAUUCGUCCGCCUCCGUCUGUGUGCCAAGCAAUGGCCGCAGCACCCUCAUUUCCAACUCGUCGCACGCUGCUCUCGCGACAGGCUUUGAAGGCAACCACACAAAACAUGAUGGACUCGUCUAAGAGCCAACCACUUUCAAAUAGUGGUGCACAGCGUCCUGAAAGGGCACCGACUCCUUCAGAACCAUCACCUGCACUAGAUGUUGCAGAACCCGUGUCAAAGCCUCAGGUUGUCGAUUCGUCGUCGUCGACGGAACGCAUCAAGACCGGACCCCGCAGAGUUCCUAAGCCUGUCCCCGAACCCAACUCCUCAGCUCCAGAAACAAACAAUUUGAAGGAGAGCGUGAAGGAGCGAGAAAGGGAAAGGGCACGUCUCGCGUCGUCUACGUCGUCUUCCACGUCAGCGAUUGCAAACGCAACCAGUCAUGCACGAUCUCGUCCGCCGUCCCAAUUCGUGUCUUCGACAAGCAGUAAAACAGGGGAAGAGGAGGAGAGGGACAGUCGGUCAAGGCCUGCGAGUAGGACAGACGGGGAGUUCCGUCCACGCCCCGCCUCUAGGAUGGAUAACAAACCACCAAAGACCGCAGAACCUGAGCCAAUCAGAGAGCCUCAGGUCCGACCUGCGAGUAGGGCUGGAGGAGAAUUUCGUCCUCGACCAACUUCAAGAGCUAAGAUCGAAAUACACGAAACUGCUGAUAGACAAGCACACGCCCGUCCGCCUUCGCGAGCGAAUGUAGACGUACCAAGACCUAUAUCACAGGCAGAAAAGAGAACCCAUACGAAGUUGGAACCUAGAGCGGAUCACUUAAAAGCGGAACAGCCUUCAAAGAGAUCAAAGGAAGAAAGGCAACACAGCCACCCCAGCUCGAAUCCGGCUAAUCCGAUACGACAUGAAGAGCCUCAAAGGAGGUCUAAGAAGGACAAAGAGGAAGCUCGACCAUCAAAGAGUGUAAAAGAGUCAAAGAGUGGGCGGAGUAAACAGGACAAAAGGAAGCGUAGAGCCGAGAACCCGGAGUUGCCUGUUCAACUGGAAUCGCGGGGACAACACCAGGCACAGAAUCCGACAGAAAGUAAUAAAGAGCCGCCAUGUUCAGAUGCGCCGACCGAGGAGACACCGAGGCCGAAGCCAGCAACUCCAGAAGAACGCGUUGAGCAGAAUAUUUCCGAGAGUCAUUCCGCGAGCGAACCGCAGAGUGUUCCGCCAGGUGAAUUGUUAACCAUGGAGCAAGAACCUGCUCAGGAUAUUCCGUCCAAAGACGUUGACGCGCCGAUUGACACCGUCUUGCCUAGCAGUGCCCAGCAGGGUGUCACCUCUGAGAACGUUGAAUCAUCGAACGAAGCGGUCAUUACGGAGGACGUACAAACCCCGAAGGCUAAGCCACCGACUACGCCACCACCAAAACGACAUGGCAGGAACCAAGAGAAAUACGUGGGUGUAAAGCCUCUCGUCAUUCACAAAGGCAAGGCAGCGGUCCGGUCAGAAUCACCAGAAUCCGAUCAACUUGCAGCCAGUGUCACUCCCCUCCCGCCGUCCCCUCCGUACCAACCACCGAACUUUGAGUUCGUCACACCCGCACCACUACGGCAAGCUACAGCCGCGGCGGCUCACAGGUAUCCAGUGGCUGCAACGCCGAUUUCGAAAUUGCUUGUUUCGAUACAGAAGGGAUUUGAUAAUAUGGAUUGUAGUGUCGUUGGUGAGGAGAGUGAGGGAGAUGUGACGCUUUCGGGAUUAUUACCACCGCAUUCUCGUCCGCAAAAUAUUCUGCAGGGCGUUCUAGAGGAGGACGAAGAGGAGACUGUCCAAGAGGGGAACGUGCUGGUCCCGGAGAUUAACGAUGCAGGACUGGAGGAGGAGGUGAAGUUCUUCGUUGAUACACGUCCGAGGAAAGUUUUUGGGAAGAGGGAGCAAACGCAGAAGAUUGUUGAGGAACGUACGCCGCUUGCUCCGCGUGUUGAGAAUCGUUGA